AUGGGCGAUUUGCUAAGUAAUUGUGAAAUAUUCAAGAAGCUUGGCUUCGACAGCGCACAUCAAUGGAUCUUAUACGACGAGAAAUUUGAAAAGUUCUUUAACUUUUUAUCUGAAAGCAUCACCGACGCCAACAUACUCACAGAGCAGGAGGUAUUAGAGAGGAACGAAAUGAUUGAACGUGGCGACUGGCUUAUGGAAUCGGAGCGUCUCCUUAAAAUGCAACAAAUUGAGUCGGAAAAUCCCGGACUUCUGAGGUACACGCCCGAUGAUGUAAAUUCUCUGACCGCUGAGAUAGCCGCGUUGGAAGAGGCAACAAAGGAUUAUGUAGUUUUGAUCGAGGACAUGCAAAACACGAAGCAUCGAAUCAACAACAAUCUCAGUGAGCUGGAAUGUGCGGUGACGGCCCUGCAAAACACGGAAAGGGAACUAAUACAGGAUUGCCAGAAGAAGGCCAAGCAAUUGGAGGAAGUGGAGCGAGAGAAUUUUCGGCUAAGUGCUGAGGCAAAGAAAAGCUUUACGAAUAUUCAAGUGCCUCCACUGUUUAUGCACCAGUUGCCCCUGGAGCAGUACUUUCUUAAAUGCGAUUCUUUCAUGCAGUAUUUCUCAUUGUAUAUGAAGGACAAUUUUAAAAUACAGGACUUUGCCGAAUUUGAGAACGCCGAUACUGAUAUGCAACACAUCAAUAGCAAGCUGGAGAACUUACAAAACUCCAUUCAAUACUACAUGCUGGCAUACAUCAACGAAAAGGCCAAAGCGAAGGCCACGCAGGCCUUAAUUGAUCACAUCGAUCUUAACCAGAUACACUGCAUCAGCCUAACGGAUAUGACACGGGAAACGCACGAGCUGCAGCUCCUAAAUGAGCAUCAUUUAAAGAACGCACACGACACACUACUGAAUGCACUCACCAUUCAUGUGCAGCAGCACACACAGCAACGCAUUGAGUUGGUUCUCUACGAGAACACGAAACAAAAACUCGAAAGGGCAUUGCGACGCCGUGAAAAUGACAAGCAUCUGACUAAGAUCAUUUCGGAUGCGCUGUCAAAUGCGGAGCUCGUUUGGAUAGCCAUACAACUUGAUUUAGAGAAGAAGCGCAACUACUUGGACAACAGUGAGCGGCUAUCUGGGCAGGCCCAGGCCAGUUGGCAACGUGUCCAGCUAAUGCGUUCACUUAACGCCACCCAACAAGGCAUAUACAAUCAGUUUCUGCAUGAAUUAGCAAGUCUACUAAACACCCAUCUCGCCCAAACUAUACGUCCAGAGGCAAAAAGCUGUCUGUAUGAGUAUGAGAAAUUUGUACGUCUGCUCUCCUAUGCGCUACAGACUAUGCUGAACCAGAAGUCCUACGCGACAGUUAAUGAAGAACUUGCCGAGUUAAAACGACUCGAGCAAACGCUGCGACCGUUCGUGUACGACUCUCCCCUGGAGCAGCCGAUGUUUACACAUGUGCGCUAUUUGUGUCCCAUAUUCAAUGCAACGCGAAAUCAGCAACGCUUUGAAGAAAUGUUGCGUCACUUGCGCUUAGAGUUCCAGGAAAAAAUUAUAGAGCGCAUGGACAAGGAAAAGCUUUGGCGGUACAGCAAGCUGCUAUGGAUUUGGUUUCUUACUGAGCCGCAACGCGUUAUUCACGCCAUAGAUGAAGUCAAGAAAGCUUCGGCAAAGAUACCUGCACUUACUAGCAGCAUUAUGCGACCGGGUGGCGGCAUUCAACGUAAAUAAUUGAAGUAAUUAAUGUAAAUGAAGUAAUAAUAUGAAAUAUUGGCUUAUAAAGUCUUACUUUGUGUUGAGAAGAAGGA